AUGGCACAACUAACUUUGAAUAAUGGCUUGAAGAUGCCGACCGUGGGAUUUGGAUUGUGGAAGGUGGACAAGGACACAUGUGCGGAACAGGUCUACCAAGCCAUCAAAGCUGGCUAUCGCCUGUUAGACGGUGCUUGCAUCUAUGAGAACGAGCAGCAAUGUGGUGAGGGCGUGGCCCGAGCCAUCAACGAGGGCAUUGUCAAGCGAGAGGAUCUCUUCAUCGUGUCGAAGCUGUGGAACAACUUCCAUGAAGCGCAUGUGGUCGAACCCAUCUGCAGACGACAGCUUCAAGACUGGAAGAUCGACUAUUUCGACCUGUUCCAUAUGCACUUUCCGGUGUCUCUGAAAUACAUCGACCCCGAGGAGCAAUAUCCUCCCCCCGACGGCCCAGAAUUCCCUCCAGGUCCUGCGUCCGUCCAUGAGACAUGGCAGGCAAUGGAAAAGCUGGUGGAGAAAGGGCUCUGCAAAAGCAUUGGAGUGUGCAACUUCAACGCCGGACUGCUCUUUGACCUCCUGAAACUAGUCAAGUUUGCCCAGGGCCAAGGUCUCGCAGUUACCGCUUACUCUUCAUUCGGGCCCCUUUCCUUUGUUGAGAUGGAUUUGGAGGAAGCGUUGAAGGUCAAGCCUCUCUUCGAGACGACCCCGGUCCAGGCAGCCGCGAAGCGGGUUGGGAAAACUCCAGCGCAGAUCCUCCUCCGCUGGGCCACCCAACGUGGGAUUGCGGUGAUUCCUAAAAGCAACAAGCCUGCUCGUCUGGCGGAGAACCUCGAUUGCUGUUCGUUCGACUUGACCAAGGAUGAGAUCGAUGCUAUCAGCGGGCUGAACCUGCGUCUGCGUUUCAACGACCCCGUCAAGUACGGCGAACCCCACCCAAUUUUUGAUGACUUCGGCGACUACUAG